AAUAAGCGACUGAGCCGCACAUGGCAACCUGCUCAACUUUGGACUGCACUUGCUAAGGGUCAGGAUGGCCAGGCAGUGGUCUGAGGGCCACUCCACUUCUAUCCUGUGUGUCGAGGCGUCUCCAGGCCCUGAAGGUCUCCUCGCUUCAGGCUCUGAGGGUGGGGAAGUCACAGUGUGGAGUCAAGAGGGAACCAUCAUCGGCCGUCUGACUCUCUCCGGUGAGGACGACAGCACAAGUGUUGUGUUCUCACCUGCAGCUCCGAGCCAGCUGUAUGUGUCGCAUGGAGACACCGUGAGUGUCCUCGACCCCAGGAAUCUGAAGGGCCCAGUGGAGGAGUUUCAUGGUGCAGGGGAGGAGGAGAUCAAUGCUUUAGCGCUGAAUGAGACUGGAUCGGCUCUGGCAGUGGCUGAUGACUCCGGGGCUGUGCGGGUGCUGGAGCUUCCUGGGGGGAAAGCGUGCAGGACUCUGCGCAGACACACCAACAUCUGCUCCUCUGUGGCUUUCCGGCCUCACCGGCCCAACAACCUGGUGUCUGUAGGACUGGACAUGCAGGUGAUGCUGUGGGGAUUGCAGAAGACCCGGCCUCUGUGGACCCUCAACCUCCAGGACGUGGCAGAGGAGGAAGAUGACCACCAGCAGCGCCCCGGUCAGCUUUUCAACCCGCCACUGGCCCACUGUGUGUCUGUGGCAAGCUGUGGAAACAUUUUGGGUUGUGCAGCAGAGGACGGGCGAGUGCAUCUAAUGCGGAUCGGCAGCGGCUCUAAACUGGAACAGCAGGGAGCAUUCAAAGCCCACAGUCAAGGAGCCUCCCAAGCCCACUUUGUCAGUUUCCUUUCGCACCCGUACUGGCUCGUCAGUGGGGGAAAUGACAGCAACGUCGCCCUGUGGGACCUCAGUAAGCACCCGGUGAUGGCUCCAGAAGGGAAAAGUCGAGUGACGGUGCCACAACGCAGAAAGGGCAAAAACAAGGCAAAGAGAAAAGAGCAACAGCAGGAUAAAGGAAAGACCCCACCAAAGGCUGAGGCAGAGAAAGAGGAAGCUGAGGGUGAGGAUAAAGCAGCAGGAGGUGCAGAGGAGGUGACGGAGGAGAAGUCUGGACCCAAACUGAGCAUCAGCCACGGGGACAAGGUGAACUGGCUUUGCCCUGCUGUGCUGAAAGGAGAACCAAGUGUGAUUGUGGCUGAUCAGAGCUCCAGUCUGACUGUUUAUUCUCUGUCCCAGAUGUAGAUUUCAGCACUUUACUUGUCAUUCGUUAGUUUUGCUCAGAGCAGUACAAGAUUUUCACUUGCCUAACUCAAAAUUUUUUUUUGAGAAUAACACUCCCCUUUUUGUUGUUGUUGGACUAGCAGCAUCAUUGUAUGGACUGUUUUUUUGCUGAAUGAUGCUUAACUUGUUGUACACUUUCCUUUCUAAAAGCCUAAACUGUGGACAUAAAAAACCAUCACUGGUUUUCAAAAUCUCUACAGCAGCAGAGAAACAUUACAAAAAUGAGCUUUACAUGACAGUUCAUGCCGUAUUUAACAAACUAAAUAUAUAAUUGUUUUUGGGUUUUAACUCAUUUUGGUUUUUCGUGUGUGGGGUCCUAUAAAAUUAUCACCCUUUGAAAUGCAUAUUUUGUUUGUCUGACACUGAAUUCAUCAUAUUUUUCGUAAACAAGUUGCAUUUUUUGGCCCCUACAGCAGCCACAUCUGACAAAAGAAAAUGUUUAUUUCAUUUUUAACUGAGUCUGCAGUUCUUUUUAUAGAGAAAACAAAACACAUCUCAACCCAAACCAGGUGCCAGGCAGAAAUCAAAGCACAGAAACUGAAAGCUGUUCCCAAAGACAUUUGAAAACAAUAGUACUACACAACCACACAUCAGAAUUGCUUUGCGGUCCGCCGCAUGACCUCGUCCCCUGGGGAGGAGUGGUGGUGCCAUUUUUAAAAUGAAUGUGAAUCAGCAUCUUGUGAACCGACACCCAGCUAACUCAUGUCAUCGUAACAUGGAGCAACUGAGAUUAUAAUGAUUAAAUGCUGUUUGCUGCUCAUGAA